UGGACUUCAAAGCUUCACUCGCCGAAUAUUCAAAACGAUUGCCGCAAUGGCAGCUGCUACCUUUGACACGCGAAAACACGUCGGUGUAUACGCGGAGCAUGUUUCAAACGUGUCAAGCACAGAUUAUCCUGGCCACUACCCUCAUGAGGACCACUCUUGGGAUCCUGACCAGUUCCGGCAAAAAUGCAAUGUCCAAGUCAAUCGGCUAUCCAAUCGAUCCAUUGAUUUUGACCUCGUUGGAGUUGACGCUUCAAUAGCAAACGCCUUUCGGCGAAUACUCAUAGCCGAGGUCCCAACCAUUGCCAUCGAGCAAGUUUAUGUCUGGAACAAUACCUCUGUCAUCGUCGAUGAGGUUCUGGCUCAUCGGCUUGGACUCGUGCCGUUGAACGUGGAUCCCUCAUUCCUGGAGUUCAAAGAAUCUCCUUCGAUCCAAGCAACCGACCGAAAUACACUUGUUUUUAAACUCGAAGUUACUUGCACACGCAACAGGAAUACACCAAAAGAUGUAACAGAUCCAAAAAUGCUGUAUAACAAUAGCGAGGUUUUAUCGUCGGAUUUGAGAUGGGUACCACAAGGGGAACAGGAGGAGAUUUUCGCAGCCAAUAUACCCACUCCUUCAAAUCCUAACAUUGUUCUGGCAAAGCUACGGCCGGGGCAAGAGGUCAACAUGGAGCUGCAUGCAGUGAAAGGCGUUGGAAAGGACCACGCCAAGUUUUGCGCUGUUGCGACGGCGUCCUACAGACUCCUUCCACUGGUUGUUUUGAAUCCGGAGAAGCCAAUCCCACCGUCUUCUGCCCACAAAUUUCAAAAGUGUUUCUCUCCUGGUGUCAUACGCGUGGAUCCUGUUACAAAAGAAGUGAGCGUUGACGAGAAGAAUCUGAGAAACGAGAGUAUGAGCAGAGAGGUGUAUCGACACGUUGAGUUCGAGGAUUGCUGCCAGCUUGCUCGCGUGCGAGACCAUUUCAUAUUCAACGUCGAAUCUGAAGGUUUCUACCCGCCAGAACGAUUACUGCCUGAGUCAAUCAAAGUAAUGCGUAGCAAAAUAGCUACCAUAAAAAAGGCGGCAGAGGGACUGCUAGCUAGUAAAGACAGCAAUGCCGAUGUAGAGAUGGCCGAAGGCUAACUUUUGCUCUGAAUUUGACAUAUCUUCUUAUGUAUUUU